AUGGAUUCUUCAGCUGCCUAUGAUUUGCUGGCGGACAGUGUCCAGGACUGGGAUCUUACCGGUGACUCUGUUCCUUGUGAGCUGCUGCUCAUUGGCGAGACUGCCUUCCCAGUGCUGGUGAACCCCCAGGGGCAGGUCCUGAUCGCCGCCUCACAGUAUGGGAAGGGCCGGAUGGUGGUCGUCUCUCAUGAGAGCUACCUGGGGAGCCCCAAGAUGGCUCGGUUCCUACGCAAUGCUGUGGGUUGGCUCAGUCCCUCCCCAGGAGCUGUGGUUGGUGUCCAGAAGCGCUUGAGCUCCCUGCUGAGCAUUCUCAGUAGUUCUGGCACCCACGUGCAGCCCAGUGAGAAGUUCAUUGCCUCAUUUGGGGUUUACUGUAUGGAUGCCUAUGAUGCUGCACAGGGGAGGGAGCUGAUCCAGUUUGUGAAGAGAGGAGGGGGUCUGCUCAUUGGCGGUCAGGCUUGGCACUGGGCCUCUGGACACAGCACAGAGAGAGUGCUGUUCGAUUUCCCUGGGAAUCAUAUAACCAGCGUGGCAGGAGUUUAUUUCACGGAUAUAUACGGUGAGACGGGGAUCUUUAGUGUCUCAGACAAAGUGCCUGCAAUUCCCUUGAUCGCUCCGCAUGGGCUAGAUUUCAGCAGAGACUUAAACCUUCUCCUGAGAGGUGUGUCAGAGCUAGACAUAGUGACAGAUGGUGUCCCCUCUCACCUGCUGGUCCAUGGCACAUUGGCCUUCCCCCUUGGCUUGGACGACGCCUAUCAAUGCUUUCUUGCAGCAACUCACUAUGGCCAGGGCCGUGUGGUGGUGGCUACACAUGAGGUCCUUCUUAGCACCCCGAAGCUCACAGACUUCAUCCUCAAUGCCAUUCAAUGGCUGGGUGCUGAGAAGAAAGGGAGAAUUGGCAUCAAUCCCAAUCUGAAGAACCUUCAUGACCUGCUGACUCAAAGGCAGGUGGUGUGCGAGAUCUCAGAGCUUACCGACAAUCUCAGCAUCUACUGCUGCCAGUCCUACAGUGACAACGAAGCCAAGAAGAUCCAUGAGUUUGUGGCAGAAGGAGGGGGCCUGCUGAUUGGAGGUCAGGCUUGGUGGUGGGCUUCUCAGAAUAAGGGCCAAAACGUUCUGGCUGAAUAUCCUGGCAACAAAAUCCUCAAUGGGUUUGGGAUCAGCAUCCUGGGGGAAACCAUGGAGGCGGGCAAGUACCCAGCAUUACGACCCGAAGAGCAGCGGGAACAUUACCACUUCCGCAGGGCACUCGCUCAGUUCCAGCAGCACCUAGACAAGAAGGAGGAACUGCAGCCCCCAGUGACAGGCUGGCUUCAGAAACUCAGCCAGGACUGCGCCAAAGUCCUUCAGAUCCCAGUCAAAAAUGGCCACGUCUACACCUCAUUAUACCACAUCCUGUACGAGAUGGUGCAGAGCAAUGGGAUCCCACUGGUGAGCAAGGAACUCCCAGUCAAGGGGAACUCCAAGGAGGUCGUGCUGCUUCAUGUGGCUACAGCAUUAUGCCAAACCAUGUCCGACUGUGCGAGGCUAGCACUCUGUGAACUCCCCACAGUCCCUAGCACCACUGUGGAAAUCAACUGCACAAAUACAGGUGAUGCAGCAUGGAGGAGCACAGGACUUUACCUUCCGCGUGGGAACACAGUGACCUUUGUAUUUCCUAGCGCUGUUACUGGAGUUGGCCUGCAGGUGCAGAUUGGGUGUCACUCAGAUGACCUCAGCAGAGCAAAGGAGCUGAAACGCCCCCCUGUGGUGAUACGCAGAUGUGAUGUCAAAGAUCAGAAGAUGUCAGUCUCCUCUCUCUGGGGGGGCCUCAUUUACAUCAUAGUGCCAAAGGGAAGCCAGCUGGGGGGAGUGUCUAUCACUGUAAAAGGGGCUGUGCAGGCUCCUUUCUUCAGGCUUGGAAAGUCAUCUAAGAGCCAGUGGCUGACCUGCAUCCGUCACUAUCCAGCUCCGUGGGCAGAACUAGCUACCCAGAACAUCAUCUUAACAGUGCCUGCUGACAGCAUCCGUCCCAUAGACGAUCCAGAGCCUUUGCUGACCCUCUGGGAGCGGAUUAUGGCAGCUGUAGCUGAGCUGGCAGCUACACCAGUCACGUUCCCUCGGCCAGAAAGGAUUGUAGCGGAUGUUCAGAUCUCAGCCGGCUGGAUGCACGCUGGCUACCCAGUCAUGUGUCAUUUGGAUUCAGUAAAGGAGUUGGUGAACAUGAAACACAUGCAAAUGAAUGGCCUUUGGGGUUCCAUCCAUGAGCUGGGACACAACCAGCAGCGGGCAGGCUGGGAAUUCCCCCCUCACACUACUGAGGCCACCUGCAACCUGUGGUCAGUCUAUGUGCAUGAGAAGGUGCUGGGGAUCUCCAGGGACAGAGCUAACGAAGAGCUACAGCUGCAGCAUCGCAAUAAAAGAAUCAGCGAUUACCUUGGCAAAGGAGCCCAGCUAAAGGACUGGAAUGUCUGGACUGCACUGGAGACCUACCUGCAGCUGCAGGAAGCCUUUGGCUGGGAACCUUUCAUCCAACUCUUCUCUGAAUACCAGACAAUGUCUAACAUCCCCACAGACAACCCUUCCAAGAUGAACCUGUGGGCAGAGAAGUUCUCUCGGCAGGUGAAGAAGAAUCUGGCCCCUUUCUUUGUGGCUUGGGGCUGGCCCAUCAAGGGGGAAGUCUCUAAGAAGUUGGCAUCUCUGCCCAACUGGGAUAAGAACCCAAUGAAGAAAGUGUGA